AUGUUGCCUCUGAUGAGGGAAGGAGGAAGAAUGGCGGGAGGGUCUGAGAGAAAGAUGAUACUGGUGGGUCUUGUUUUAGCUCUUGUUCUUGGCGUCGCUGUUUACUUAAGGCUGUGGACAAUCGAUUACACUCUAUCUUCUGAUGACACAGAACGAUUAAGGAGACAGUUUGAUUUGGCAAAUAGGGAGGCAAUGGAUGAAUCCGCAGAAUGGCGGAGAAUGUUUGACAGCGAAGCAGAGAAAGCUUCUAAAUGUAACACCGAACUAUCUCUGAUCAAAGAGUCAUCUGGAAAUGGAAACACCUUGGCCUUGAAUCAAAAGCUAGAGUCAUUACAUAAGGAAAAUGCGGCGUUGCUCGUUCAGAUAGAGACACUGAAACAGGAGCUGGAAGCUUCACGGUUAAAGUGCAGUUCAAGAGAGGCACCCAGUUAG